CAAGUUCUUUCUGGACCUUUAUUUUCCCCUGGACAGUGGAUACAGAACUUAGUUGUAUUCUGAAAAGAUUCAUAAUCCACAAACAGGGCUGUGAUUGAAAUAGGCCAGUCCUUGACUUGAUCAUGUAAGUUCGCCUCUUUGCUCCAAUCCUUCAUCUGUGGGUUAAGUUUAAUCACUCCUCUCUCUUUCUCUCGUAGCUCAUUUGGGAAAGAAUUUGCCUGCAAUGCAGGAAACCUGGGUUCAAUUCCUGGGUCGGGAAGAUCCCCUGGAGAAGGAAAUGGCAACCCACUCCAGCAUUCUUGCCAGAGAAUCCCAUGGACAGAGGAGCCUGUUGGGCUACAGUACAAGGGGUCGCAAGAGUCAGACACGACUUAGACACCACCACCUCUCUCUUGGAAAUGGGAAACCUUUCUAGAAAACAGACAAAAACAGAAACACAUAGAGUGAAAACCAACAGUUUUAUUACAUUUAAACUUAAUGAUUUCAUUUUACUUCCAGCUCCUCACUGGAGCAGCACUAAUGGCCAGCUUCUACACUUGAGUUUAAACAAUCCCAGAUACCUUCCCAGCUCAGGGUUUAAAAAUCAGCUUCUGUACUGUUUAUUCAUAAGGUCUGUUUGUUUUCCUCUGUAAAUUGUGUCCUCGUUUAUAGUUUCCUCACUUUGUAUCCAUCUAAAAUACCACUACUAAGAUACAUAUGCUGCAUUAAACCCUACAAUUUAAUGCCACUCUCUAUACAGUCUAAAUUUGUGAUUGACAAUGUUCUCUUUGAACACUAAUGAUUUUAAUAUUAAACUGCCUCAGAUACAAUCUUUAAGGGGAAAAAUACAACUGUCCAUUGUGAUUUAGGAUUUCAGUUCUGAGAUCCACACAACAGUUUCUCAGGUGUCUCAGGAUCUUUCGUGGGCAUAGACCCAUCACUGCAGUUCCUUGCAGUCUGGAGGCUUGUGGACCAAAGAGAUGAGUCUUCUAGUCUUAAGGUCCUUUAAAGGCCUAUUAUGUUUCUGUCUGAAAUGGUUCAUGGGGCACCAUCUUACAUCUUUCUGAGGCCUUAAAAAAAAAAAUUUAAAGUUACACUGUUGACUUCUUCUAUACUCUGAGACACUGUUUUCCUGAUUGCACCCUUGAUUUGACCUUUACACUGAGGGUCUUGCCUAACUCUGAGGAUGAUUUACUGCUUGGAAAGACUGACUGGAGCUCUUUAUACUUCCUCUAAAUGUUGCUGCAAAAUUAAACAGAGCUAUAUUUUGUCAUCAGUAAGUAAAAGAAACCAGUUGACACUGUCAGCAUUCUUUCAGGAAAUCUCCUUAACCAGAUACACUAGUUCAUUUGCUGUAUCUUCUAUUUUUCAUGUUAUCACAGGUGAUGAUGUUGCUAAGCCUUUUGCUAUAACAGCAUGGUCAUCUUUUUUCCACCUUCCAAUACCAAUUUCCUCCUCAUCUCUCUAGCUUUCACUGACAAUCUUCUCAAGGUUCAUCCAGAUUUCACUAACAAACCUCUCAAGACGUUGAGAGGCUGAAUAUACAAACAGAUAAGGGCCAGAUAAUACAUAAAAAUUCUCACCCACAAUCUGCAGCAGCCAGCCUAGGAAACUAACCUAUUAUCUGUAGUAACUAGCCCAGAAAUCCAGCCUGCUAUAAGACAGACUAUAGAAAAGUAGAUAGCUAUCUCUUGCAACAAUUGGCCCAAAAUGACCAGGACUUGAUUAAUAACUUCAGCUUCCCUAAUUUUUAUCCCUGCUUCCAAUUUAGGGCCAACCAGUGAAAGCCAAAUGUUCAUCCUAACCAAUCACAUAAGAUUUCCCACUUCUAGUUACUCUGUGUACAGUAUCUUCAUGCCAACAGCCUCCAACCAGGGCAUAUUUGAAGUUUUCCCCUUUUGUCCACUACAAAACUCCUCUGCCUGCCUUUGACUGUUUGCCAAAAUGCAAAUGAUGGUGGCUGACUCCUUCAAGUUUUGAAUAAGUAGCUUUUGCUUGUUCUCAUUUUAUUGGUUUUCCUUUGUUUCCACAAGCUUCUUCCAGCUUCCCAAUCAAAAGCCAGUGGGUUGUGGUUUUGGGGGGUUGUUAUGGGAGAAUCCCACUUUCCAGGUACCAAACUCUAUUCUCAUUAUCUGCUGCUGCUGCUGCUAAGUCGCUUCAGUCGUGUCCGACUCUGUGCGGCCCCAUAGACGGCAGCCCACCAGGCUCCCCCGUCCCUGGGAGUCUCCAGGAAAGAACACUGGAGUGGGUUGCCAUUUCCUUCUCCAAUGCAUGAAAGUGAAAAGUGAAAGUGAAUUCGCUCAGUCGUGUCCGACUCUGAGCGACCCCAUCGACAGCAGCCUACUAGGCUCCUUCAUGCAUGGGAUUCUCCAGGCAAGAGUACUGGAGUGGGGUGCCAUUGCCUCCUCCGAUCUCAUUAUCUACUGCUGUGCAAAAACCACCCCAGAACUUAAUGGCAUAAAACAACAGUCAUCUUACUAUGCUCACAGAUUGAGUGGGUCAGGAAUUCAGACAGGGUAAAUAAGGAUGGCUUGGCUCUGAUCCACAACAUCUGGGGCCUCACCUGGGAAACUUCGAUGGUUGAGGGUGGGACCCACCUAGAGGCUGCCUCACUCACCAUACUGAUGACCGAGCCCGACCGAGCCCUGGUACUUGAAGAUCCGGCUCCGCUGAGGCUGGCAGCCAAUUGGCUUGGGCUCUUCACGACCAUUGGCUGGGCUCCUCACAGCUCUUCACAGCCAUUGGCUGGGCUCUGUGAGGGCAUGUCCUGAGAGGCUCAGCCAGGCAGUGAGUGAGCUGAAAGAGGUGAAAGCUGCAAGCCUUUUCUGACCUGCUUUGGAAGUCACAUGUGCUGGUUCAGAAAGAAUUUGGAGACACGCAAUUAGACUAUGGAUUGGCGAGCGUGGAAGCAAAACACAGGAAGUUGGUUGAUGUCAAGUGAUAAUCUCAUACAGGAAUCAUCUAGACAGGACAGAUGCUGUAAAGAAAAAGUGAUGAUUGAACCAAAUGAAGGAAUGUCAGAGAAGGAAGUUUCUUCAAAAACUAUUGAAAAUAAAAUCUCUUCAAAUACUAAAAAUAGAAUAUCUUCAAAGAGUAUUUCAAACAAAGAAAUAGAAACAAAUCUACAAUCUAAGCUAUGGUCAUCUUCCUUCUUAAAAGAAAGCACAGGUGAAAUGAGCAAAAAUGUAGUCAUUGCAGAGCGGGAGAAAAAUAAUGAACAUUGCCCUGAGGAUAUCGAUGAUAAGUUGUCUGAAUCAACAGAUGAUGAUGGUGAGGAUACCAGUGAUGAAGAUAAGGAGGAAGACAGCAACCCUAAUAAGGAUACUCAUGCCCCAUUAGAGUUAAUGACAGAAUUCCUGAGAGCAGAAAUGGGCCACGACUACCAUCUGGCAAAAAAAUUAUGUCAGAUGAUCCUAAUCUACGAACCAGAAAAUCCUGAGGCCAAGGAGUUUUUCUCACUGAUUGAAGAAAUGCUGCUGAUGGAGAAAGCACAAAAUCUUGAGGAAGAGGAUGACGAGAGUGAAGACGACAAUAGUGAGAGUGAAGGAGGGAGCACUGAGGAUCCAAGUGAAGAAAGCUCUGAUGAGUGUGAAGAUGGGUGACGAUAGUUGCUGCUAUAGUUUAAUCUUCAUGUAUGUUCAUUACUGUAUACUGUGGAAAUAUAAAGAAGA